AUGACGACAACCUUUUCUUCUACACAACAACGAAUCUAUUGUAUUAUUAAAACUUUUGGUGAAAAUUUAGCAACACGAGCAUUAACUAUUCAUCAAACAUGGGCACGUCGUUGUAAUAAACAUAUAUUUUUAACAGCAACUAAUCUUACAAAAUGGAAUAAUAUAUCAUUACCUAUUUUAAAUUUAUAUGAUGUUAGUGAUAAUUAUAUUGAAUUAAGUAUUAAAGUAUUUGAUGCACUUAAUCUUAUAAUUCAACAAUCACAACCAUAUGAUUUUGAUUGGUUAUUUAUAGCUGAUGAUGAUACAUAUGUUAUUAUGGAAAAUUUACAUCAAUUACUUUAUCAUACUAGAAAACCAUUAGCAUUUGGACAUUUAUUUACACCAAAAAAUGGUGCACCUAGUCAUUUAAGUGGUGGUGCUGGUUAUGCAAUAAAUACAGUUGCACUUCAACGAAUGUUACCUAAUUUACAAACAAGUUGUUCACAAUGGUAUGUACCUGGAAUGGAAGAUGUUUAUGUAAGUCGAUGUUUACAAUAUUUAAAUGUAUCUUUAAAUGGUGCUAUUGAUGAUUAUCAUCAUCGUUUUUAUCCAUUAGAUUUUCUUACUAUGUAUAAAAUGGAUGUUCCAAAAUGGUUUUUAGAUUAUAAUACAUUAAAAUCUUAUCAAGGUUUUAAUUGUUGUUCAUUACAAUCGAUUAGUUUUCAUUAUAUGACUAGAGAAUGGAUGAAUUUUAUUGAAUGGGCACGUUAUUUACAUGACAAUGAAUAA